AUGAAGGCGUACAGGCUAGAGGGAGGGGAGGAGGGCGGACGGGCCAGGGCCGGGGCGAAGCUGUCACUGGUCGGGCGCGAGGUGCCGGUGCCGCAGCCGGGCCGCGGCGACGUGCUGGUGCGGGUGGAGGCCGUGGGCGUGUGCCACCGCGAGCUGGUCGAGCUCAGGGGCGGCCACCCCGCUCCGUUCGCCCUGCCCCUCAUCGCUGGCCACGAGGAGUGGUGGAACAGGUGGGCGAAGCUGCCGACGGAGACCAGCCAGUGUGGGCGAGUCGUCGCGGUGGCCUCCGAGUACUAUGGCACGACCGUGGAUGGAAGCUAUGCGCCCUACGUGCGCGCCAAAGUGAAAUCCCUCGUUCCUCUCCCCGACGCCGUCUCUUUUGUCGAGGGGUGCUUCCUGAUGUGCACGGCGGGCGUGGCCCUGCGCGGACUCCGAUUCCACGCCGACUUGCGACCCGGCGAGCGGGUGCUGAUCACCGGGGCCACCGGCGGUGUGGGCAUCCACGCCAUCCAGCUGGCCAAGCGCGUAUUUGGCGCGCACGUGGUCGCGCUCACCUCCUCGGAGGCCAAAGCGGCCGUGCUCCGCGAGUACGGCGCCGAUGAGGUCAUCGUCUGCUCGACCAAGGAGCAGCUCCAGCAGUUCCAUCACAGUGUUCGUCCGCCGGUGGACGUGGCCCUUGAGUGCGUCGGCACUCCGACACUGAACUCGAGCAUCCGCAGUCUACGACCCAAUGGCAGGCUGGUGAUCAUCGGUAAUGUGACGGCCGGCAAGGAGACCAUCAACCCGGGUCUCCUGAUUCUCAAGGAACUCAAGAUCUUUGGCAGCUCCGGCGCCUCCAGGGAGGACCUGGCCCAGGUGCUGGCGAUGGCCGCCGAGCGGAAACUGAAGCCGGUCGUGCACAAGGUGCUGCCGCUCGAUCUGGCCCACCAGGCCCACCACUUGCUGGCCGACAAGGGUGUCAUCGGGCGUGUCGUCCUCGUUCCCUCCCACGCCCGCACCACAACCGCCAAAUUUUGA